AUGUCACAGUCAAACGUUGAACAAAAUUUUAUAGAUGAUUUUCAAGACUUUUGUACGUUUAUGAAUACUACCAAGAAUUAUAUUAACCAAGUUGUUAUAUUGAGUAUCGAUGAAAAUUUCUACGAAAAACAUUUGUCAAAUCAAGAUUUGAUUAUUCAGAAUGUAGGAAAUUUGGAUAUUUUAUUAAGAGUUGAAAACAUCGUUAAAGAAUGGAUGAAAUUAAUGGAAAAGGAAUUAGUAGUAAGCCAGCAGUUAAGAAGAGAAACUGAAAUAAUCGGACCAUCAGCUGAACUGAUUUACUGGCGGAAAAUACUUACAUGUUUUUCAUCACUUGGAAAGCAGAUAAGAUCAUUUCCUAUUCAAUCCCAUUUGACUUUUUUAAUAAUAUCUAAAUCGAAAGUUAUACAGAAAUGGAAAAAGUUGGAAGAUCACGUUACAGCCACUGAAAUAUUAUCAGAAGACAACGUAAAAUAUUUAUAUGUUUUGGAAAAGUUUACCUAUCCAUUGUACAGACUAUCACCGACUCAACUUGAUGAACAUCUGCUGUCUUUGAUGUAUGUACUGCAAAUGAUUUUUGCGAUGUCUCGCUUUUUAAAUACUAAAGAAAUGGUUACCGCCGUUUUCGUUAAGAUAACAAACCAGCUUAUAUUAUCGUGCAAGUCUUUUUUAACCAAUAACAAUGAAAUUUCUAUAUGGGAUGAAAGAAAAUCUGAUAUGAUAGCUAAAAUGAAAAAGUGUAUAGAACUCGAGAGAUCCUAUUGGAAUUAUUACAAUCAAAUGAGACAAAAAGUUAAAGAAAAUUCAAAUGAACCAUUAAUAGAUGUUUCAGAAGUACAUGUUUUUGGAAAAUUUAACAUGUUUACAGAGAGAUUGGUCAAAAUUAUUAAUGUACUGGAAACGACGACAACUUACUCUAUUUUACACAGUUCAAAAAUUGAAGGAAUCACCAUUUUUGCACAAAAGUUUACAACAUUUUUUGAAAAAAUUAUUUCCAAAACACACGAUCCCUUAAAUUUUCGGAAAAAUGAUUUUGAUAUUGAUUACAAUGAAUUUAAAAAGAACACUGGCGAUACGGAACUCGAACUCCGCAAAUUUUUCUACAUAUCUGUUGAUGAUUUACCCUCAAUCGAGCAAACAUUGGCAAUGAUCAAGAGGUUCCAGAAAUUGGAUUUCAGUCAAUUAUGGAUUGAUAGAAAAUAUUUGGAACUAAUAGUUAUGUUCGAAGCUGAAGUAGAAAAUAUAAGAGAUGGAUACAACGAAAACAGAUCUAACCCGCCUGUGCCUAGAAAUAUACCUAUGAUUUCUGGUAGAAUAUUAUGGAUACGACAACUUGAAAAGCGUAUGGAAUCUCCAAUGGAAAAAUAUAAAACUCGUCCUAAAGUUAUGGUACAUGAUAAAAUGCAAAAAUGCAUUAAAAUGUAUAAUGCUUUAAUGACAGUUUUUAUUCACUACGAGAUAUUAUAUCAUAAAGCAUGGUUUGAUUCUACUGAUACAGUUCGGCUUGCAUUAAUAGCUCCUCUUCUUCUUCGGAACUUAAAAACGAACAAAUACGUCGUAAACUUCGAUCCAUAUAUUAUAGAAGUGAUUCGAGAAACUGAAUAUAUGUUAAAAUUUGAUUUAAACGUGCCAGAUUUCAUCAAGAUCAUAUUUUUUUCCAAAGAAAAAAUACUAUCUCACGUCGACGAAAUCAAAGUAUUAGUAGAAAAAAAUAAUGCUCUAAGAAGAUCUAUUCCAUCUUUAUUUUUAAAAUUAAUGAAACCUUGUCUCUCUGAUUUGGAAUCAUCAUUUCAACCUUGUUUAUCAACUAUAACGUGGACUUCAUUGAAAAUUUCUGACACUUUUAACGAUAUAGAGUUAACGAUGAAUAGAGUACAAACUUUUCUAAAGAAAGUAAUUGAUAUGAAAGAAACGAGAAUCGAAGAAAUUUUUGAAUCAAUCUCUGAUACGCAACUGAUCAAAUUUUGUGAUCAUCCUCAAUAUCCAGAAUUAUUUUCAAAAGACAUUAUGGAGUUCACAGUAAAAACAGGCCGUGAAUUAGGCAUAAAGUGUUCAACGGCUGAGCAGGCAGUAAUUGAUAUAAUAAAUAAAUUUGCCGAUUUAAUUGAUGAUCCAAAAGUUCAAGACCUAAAAUAUGAUUGGAUGGAUCCUUCAAAAGUAAACAAACCAGUUACGUCUCAGACAAAAUUAACAGAUGAAUUUGAAAUUGGAUUCAACGUAAUCGAAAAAUUGAUCAGUAUUAACAUCAAACAUUUUCACAACGACUGUAUGGAGUUGUUCGCAUAUUUCAAUCAAAAAUUAGUUGAUUCUUUAGUUAAGUGCACUCGGAAAACAUUAGAAAUGUUGAAGAAAAUAGUCGGAUCAUCUAAUAUUGUUUUCAGAAAAAAUAGUACUGGAAAAGAUGAAAAGCUUUUGAUGGAAACUGAUUUUAUACUUAUGAUUCCUAACAUUGUUAUAGUUCCAUCUAUAGAUGAAUUGCAACAACAUUUUAAUAAUGUCAUGAGUAGUCUAUUUAAUGUACACCAAUCUGUUACAAUGUGGGGUCAACUAUUCGCCAACAAAAACAUGAUUAGUGAUACUGAUGCGGGUUCAUCUCUGACGAAUUAUUACGAGUAUAUUAUAAACCAUAAGGAAAUUAUUCGGAGUUCAAUGAAUUUGCAAGGAGCUAUGUUUGUUCUGAAAGACGAUAUUACACAAAUUGGAAAUAUUUAUUUACAAUAUUCUUAUUUGUGGACUGAGGAUAGAAACAAACAAAUCGAAGAUUUUGUAAAAUCGAAGCCAUUUAUCCAUGAAAUAAGAGCAAAAUUUAUUAAAUACGAAGAGUUAUUCUUAGAAAUAGAAAAUCUUCAACCGUAUCACACUGUUGGGCCUCUUCAAAUCAACAUGGAUAAGCUAAAACUAGCAUUAAUGGUAGAAGCUAUAGCGUGGAAAAUAACAUUGGGCACAGUACUUUCAGAUUCUUAUAAAGACAAAUUAAAAGUAAUAUCAGAAUACAUAGUCAAUAAAAAUAAACUUUUAAAUCGACCAAUAAAAGAUCUGGAAGAUGUAAGAAUCGCCAUGAAAUGUCUUGCUGAAGUUCGAGAAGAUUUUAUUCUUAUGGAUAGAGAACUAAUGUUAAUUGAAGAAAUCUAUGCGCUUAUAGCUACAUUUCAGAUCGAAAUUUCAAAGGAAGAGCAAGAUAUCGUUGACAGUAUUAGAUAUAAUUUCACAAAUAUGUUAAAAACAGCAAAAGAAGUUCAAGCGACUGUGUGUGAAAUGCAAAAACCACUGAAAAACGAACUUACCGAUGGAGUUGCAGUUUUAAAAAAUGAAGUUAUAACAUUCUAUAGAGACUUCGAAAUAAAAGGACCUAUGGUUGACAACAUUUCGGCUAAGGAAGCAAGUGAAAGAGUACUACUAUUUCAAGGUUGGUUUGAUAGCUUGUGGGAGCGCUAUGAAACAUAUAGCAGUGGAGAAAGUUUGUUUGGCAUUGAAAUAACAGAAUAUCCAGAAUUAAAUCAUCGCAAAAGAGAACUAAACUUAUUGCAGAAAUUGUAUGGACUCUAUUUACAAGUUAUGCACUCUGUCGAUGGGUACUACAAGAUGCCUUGGUCAGAAUUAGAUACAGAUGUCAUUAUCGCAGAACUGACCGACUUUCAAAAUAAAUGCCGCAGACUACCUAGAGGUUUGAGAGAAUGGCCGGCCUAUAUUGAAUUAAAAAAGAAAAUCGACGACUUCAAUGAGACCUGCCCUCUGUUAGAAUUAAUGGCAAAUAAAGCAAUGAAAGAGCGGCAUUGGGAUAGGAUGUCUGAACUUUGCAAUUAUACGUUUGACAUCGAAUCUGAGACAUUCAACUUGGCUAGCGUUAUGGAGGCUCCAUUAUUGGAACAUAAAGAUGAAGUUGAAGAUAUUUGUAUAAGUGCCAUCAAAGAAAAAGAUAUUGAAAGCAAAUUAAGACAAGUAAUAGCUGACUGGUCCAUAGUUAAUUUGCAAUUUUCUAAUUUUAAAUCACGAGGGGAACUUCUAUUGAAAGGACUUGAAACUCAAGAAAUUAUUGCUCAAUUGGAGGAUAGUUUGAUGAUCACAAGCUCGCUCCUUGCCAACCGAUAUAAUGCGCCUUUCAAAAGGGAUAUACAACUCUGGCAAAAUAAGUUGAAUAAUUCCUCAGAAAUAUUAGCAAAGUGGUUGAUUGUACAAAACUUGUGGGCAUAUCUUGAGGCAGUAUUUAUAGGAGGUGACAUUUCCAAGCAGUUACCGGCGGAAGCAAAACGAUUUAACGCUAUUGAUAAAUCUUGGGUGAAAUUAAUGUAUCGUGCUCGAGAUAAAUUAAAUGCUGUUGAAACUUGCACAGGAGAUGAAACUAUGGGCCAAUUUUUGCCUCAUUUACUUGAGCAACUGGAAGCUUGUCAAAAAUCGCUAAGCGGCUAUCUGGAAACUAAGAGAGUGGUAUUUCCACGAUUUUGUUUUAUAUCAGAUCCAACUUUACUAGAAAUUUUAGGACAAGCUGCUGAUUCUCACACCAUUGUGAAUUACUUAGAUGGAUUUUUUGACAACGUGGCCAAAUUGGAUUUCUCAGAAAAAGAAUACGAUAAGGUCAUAACUAUGUAUUCGCGUGAGAAUGAACAAGUUAUAUUUGAAAAGCCAGUACUCUGCACUGGAGGCGUUGAAAAUUGGUUAAACUCUUUAUUAAAAAUGCAUCAGCAAUCUGUCGGCGUAGUCAUCGCUCAAGGGCUGCAAACUUUAGUAGAACCAGGAACAGAUUUACUAUCACUUAUCGAUAAUUCCAUACUACAGGUUGGUCUAUUGGCAAUACAAGUUCUCUGGACACAACAAUCAGAAAUAGCGUUGGUUAGCUCAAAAAAAGAUCGAACAAUAAUGAAAAGGACAAAUCAGUUUUUUCUUGAUCUUUUGAAUAGAAUGAUCGAAGUUACUGUUAAAGAUCUAACAAGCUACGCGAGAUUAAAAUAUGAGGCCUUAAUUACUAUUCACGUACAUCAAAGGGAUAUUUUUGAUGUUCUAUGUCGUUUGAGAAUAAAAAAUGUACAUGAUUUCGAAUGGUUGAAGCAAGCUCGUUUUUACUAUGACGAAGAGUCCGAAGGAGUGCCCAUUAGAAUUACCGACGUUGAAUUCAUUUAUCAAAAUGAAUUCCUUGGUUGCACAGAUCGACUUGUUGUUACACCUUUAACGGACAGAUGUUAUAUUACACUAGCCCAAGCAGUCGGAAUGAAUUUCGGUGGUGCUCCGGCUGGGCCAGCAGGAACUGGAAAAACAGAAACUACGAAGGAUAUGGGAAAAGCUCUGGGAAAGUAUGUAGUUGUAUUUAAUUGUUCGGAUCAAAUGGAUUUUCGAGGAUUAGGCCGAAUAUUUAAAGGUUUAGCGCAAUCUGGAACAUGGGGAUGUUUUGAUGAAUUUAAUCGAAUCGACUUGCCGGUACUCUCUGUCGCAGCACAACAAAUCGCUAUAGUAUUAAAUGCAAGAAAAGAAAGGAGUUUAAACUUUUUAUUCAGUGACGGAGAAAUAUACAGUAUUGAUUAUGAAUUUGGAUUAUUUAUAACUAUGAAUCCUGGUUACGCGGGCAGGCAAGAAUUACCUGAAAAUUUAAAAAUCAUGUUCCGUAGCGUUGCUAUGAUGGUCCCAGAUCGACAAAUUAUCAUGAGAGUAAAAUUAGCUGCAUGUGGUUUUAAAGAAAAUCUUCUCUUAUCCCGGAAAUUUUUCACACUUUACAAGCUUUGUGAAGAGCAACUCAGUAAACAAGUGCAUUAUGACUUUGGAUUAAGAAAUAUUUUGUCCUGCCUAAGAACUCUUGGUGCGCAAAAGAGAGCUCAUCCUGGCGAAUCUGAGGAAACAACAUUAAUGAGAGUAUUGAGAGACAUGAAUUUAUCAAAACUAGUUGACGAGGACGAACCUUUAUUCCUUUCACUUAUUGACGAUAUGUUUCCGGGUAUUAAAUUAACUACUCAGAGUUAUAAGGAUUUACAAAGAGCUAUUGCAAACGCAACUGACGUCCUCAAAAUUAUCAAUCAUCCAGAAUGGAACUUGAAAACUAUUCAAUUGUACGAGACUUCGCUUGUACGUCACGGAUUAAUGGUUCUUGGGCCGACUGGUUCGGGGAAAACUCAGUGCAUGUGGACGCUUAUGCGGGCUUUAACUGAAUUAGGACAACCACAUAAAGAAGUUCGAAUGAACCCAAAGGCUAUCACAGCUUCACAAAUGUUCGGUCGGCUUGAUGCUGCAACUAAUGAUUGGACGGACGGCAUUUUCUCUACAUUGUGGAGAAGAUCAACCCAAAUAAAGAAAACCGACUGUUUAUGGAUUGUUUUGGAUGGACCUGUGGACGCAGUAUGGAUUGAAAAUUUGAACUCUGUUUUGGACGACAAUAAAACACUGACUUUAGCUAAUGGUGAUCGUAUAAUAAUGGCUCCUAAUAGUAAACUUGUUUUUGAGCCAGAUAACGUGGAUAAUGCGUCACCAGCUACCGUUUCACGAAUGGGCAUGGUCUUUUUCAGUGCUUCGGUUUUGAAAUGGAAACCAAUUUUAGAGGGUUGGUUUAAGUCAAGACCAAAUAAAUACAUAUCUAUUCUACGAGAAUUAUUCAACCAGAUAUAUGACGAUGCACAUAACUUCUUACAAACAAAACUUGUAACCAAAAUGACUCUACUAGAAUCAAUGUAUAUUAGACAAUGUAUAGAUUUACUCGAGGGUCUGUUACACAGUAAUGAAACAAAUUGCAUUAUUUCUAAUAGUCAUGUUGAGAAAAUCUUUUUAUUCUCACUAAUGUGGAGUCUUGGUGCAGUUCUAGAACUUGAUGGACGCACAGCGCUUCAAAACUAUGUACUGCAUCAUCCGUCAAAUUUAAAUUGGCCAAAUUGUCAAGAUGAUGAGACUAUAUUUGAAUUUCUUGUAUCAGAGAUAGGAGAAUGGCAACAUUGGAGUGAACGAGUUACCGAUUUUGAAUAUCCACCUGACAAAGUACUAGAAUACUACACAAUUUUAGUUCCUAAUAUUGAUAAUACAAGAACUUUAUACUUGAUUGACUUAAUCACGAAACAGGAAAAAGCGAUUCUUUUGAUUGGAGAACAAGGUACAGGAAAAACAGUCAUGAUCAAAAGCUCCAUGUCCCAGCACGAUCCUGAGUACCAUUUGAAUAAAUCAUUCAAUUUCUCAUCUGCAUCAACACCUAACAUGGUUCAACGAGUAUUUGAAAGUUACGUAGAAAAGCGAGUCGGAUUGACCUACGGCCCUCCAAAUGGCCGAAAAAUGAGCGUUUUUAUAGAUGAUAUAAAUAUGCCUGUAAUUAAUGAGUGGGGUGAUCAAGUUACCAAUGAGAUUGUACGCCAAAUGAUGGAGUAUAAAGGCUUUUAUUCAUUGGACAAACCGGGAGAUUUUCUAAUUAUACAAGAUAUAAUAUUACUAGCAGCAAUGAUUCAUCCUGGUGGUGGUAGGAAUGACAUUCCACCGCGCUUGAAAAGACAGUUUAAUAUAUUUAAUUGUACUUUACCAUCAAAUAAGUCUAUGGAUACGAUUUUCAGGUCCAUUGGCAUAGGAUACUUUUGCCUAGAAAGAUUUUCCAACGCCAUAGUUGAUUUUCUACCAAAAUUAAUCCCUCUUACAAGAUCAAUAUGGCAACAAACAAAGAACAAACUUUUACCAACUCCAGCGAAAUUUCAUUAUAUAUUUAACUUACGUGACGUAUCCCGAAUAUGGGAAGGAAUAUUGAAAAUUGAAAAGAACGAAUGCGAAUCCAUUAACACGCUUUUAAAAUUAUGGAAACAUGAAUGCAUCAGAGUAAUUUCCGACAGGUUCACUGAUUUUGUUGAUAAAGAAUGGUUCCAAGGUAUGUUAUCUAAAACUGCCGAAGAACAACUUGGAACUGAUUAUCAGUAUUAUGAUUCAUCUGAAACUUACUUUGUAAGUUUUCUGCGAGAUCCACCGGAGGCCACAGGCGAUGAACCGGAAGAUUUUGAAAUAGUUGCUCCAAAGACUUACGAAGAAUUACCAAGUUAUGAGAUCGUCAUUGCCAGAGUAAAGUCUUUUAUGGAUCAAUUUAAUGAAUACAUCCGAGGGAUACAUCUUGAUUUAGUAUUGUUUCAUGACGCUCUCGUGCAUCUAUUUCGAAUAUCAAGAAUAUUUUUAAUGCCAAGAGGUAAUGCUAUGUUGGUUGGAAUCGGGGGAUCGGGAAAACAAUCUCUAACUCGACUUGCCGCCUUCAUGGCUGGUUUCAACUUUUUCCAAAUAGUCCUUACCAGGAGUUACAACGUACAAAAUUUAAUGGAAGACUUGCGAAGAAUAUACCGAGAAGCAGGAGCAGGAUCGAAAGGAAUGACAUUUAUUUUUACUGAUAACGAAAUCAAAGAAGAGGGUUUCCUUGAAUUUAUUAAUAAUAUAUUGAGCGUCGGUGAAGUGGCAAAUUUAUUCGCAAAAGAUGAACUUGACGAUAUUCUGUCAAAUAUUGUACCUUUAAUGAAAAAAGAAGAUCCAAAAAGACCUCCGACACAAGAUAAUCUUUAUAAUUUCUUCAUUACCAGAGCAAGAAAUAAUCUGCAUCUAGCUUUAUGUUUUUCCCCAAUAGGUGAAAAAUUUCGGUCUCGGUCCUUAAAAUUUCCCGGCUUGAUAGCUGGCUGCACAAUUAACUGGUUCUUCAAAUGGCCUCCAGAUGCAUUAUGCGCUGUAGGAGUACAUUUUCUGAACGAAUAUGAAAUUAAAUGCUCUAAUGAUAUUAAAAAGCAAUUGAUCGAGGUCAUGGCUGAUGUACAAGAUAAUGUCAACGAUGCUUGUGUUGACUAUUUCCAUGUAUUUCGACGACAAUGUUUUGUCACACCUAGGUCAUUCUUAACUUUCAUUGACUCGUAUAAGGAAAUUUACCUGCAAAAUUUAAAUGGCAUCAACGAAUUAGCUUAUCGAAUGAGUAAUGGCUUAAGUAAGUUAGUCGAUGCUGCAGUACAAGUUGAUGACUUACGAAAAGUUUUAUUGAAAAAUCAAGAAGAUAUUGCGGUUAAAAAUAUUCAAGUAGAGGCUAUAUUAGUUACGGUUAACCAGAAAAAAGAAGAAGCUGAAACCGUGAAAGCAAAAGUUCAAGAAACUAAAGAUGAAGCUGAAGCUUUGCUAAAAAUUAUUUCCAAAGAUAAAUCCAUAGCAGAAAAAAAAUUGAAAGCCGCCGAACCAGCUCUUUUAGAAGCCGAAGCAGCUUUGCAGACAAUAAAAGCUGCUGAUAUUGCUACAGUUCGAAAACUUGCUAAACCUCCUUAUUUGAUCACUCUCAUAAUGGAUUGCGUUGUUAUUUUGUUUGGAAAACGACUAGAGCCUGUUAAACCUGAUUAUGAUAAGAAAUUCCUUCAAGCAUCUUGGAACGAAGCUUUAAAAGUCAUGGCUGACACCAGAUUUCUAUUUAACUUACAAAAUUUUCCGAAAGAUAACAUCAACGCGGAAACUGUAGAUUUGAUGAUGCCUUACUUAAAUUAUCCCAUGUACAAUUUUGAAGCUGCGAAAACGGCCUGUGGUAAUGUGGCAGGUUUAAUACAAUGGACAAUGUCGAUGGUUACUUUCUAUGAUAUAAAUAAAGACGUUUUACCAUUAAAAGCGAACUUAGCUAUACAACAAGGAAAACAUGAUAAAGCAAAUAGAAAAUUACAAACUGCAGAGAAGCUGUUAAAAGCCAAAGACGAAGAUUUACGUCAAGUUCAAAACGAAUUUGAUGAAGUUAUGAAGGAACGACAAAAAAUUGUUGAUCUAGCAGAUCUAUGUCAAACGAAAAUGGAUACUGCUAUAGCUAUGAUUGAUGGAUUGUCCGGAGAACGAUCGCGUUGGACUAACCAACUUACAACAUUUCAAUCUGAAACAGAAAGAUUAGUCGGAGAUGUGCUAAUACUGACUGGAUUUUUAACGUACUGUGGACCUUUUAAUCAAGAAUUUCGUUUAUACUUGAGAAAAAUUUGGUUUAAUUAUCUUCAACGGAGAAAAAUACCUGUGUCUUUAGAUGUUGAUAUAAUAGAAUUUCUAACGGAUACAGCGACGAUUGGAGAGUGGAAUUUACAGGGACUACCAAGUGAUGAACUUUCUAUUCAAAAUGGAAUAAUCGUAACAAAGGGAUCGCGGUAUCCUCUGCUCAUCGAUCCUCAGCUGCAAGGAAAGGGAUGGAUCAUUAAUAAAGAAAAAGAGUUCAAUUUACAACUCACUUUAUUGUCACACAAGUACUUUAGAAAUCAUUUAGAAGAUUGCGUUUCCAUGGGACGACCAAUAUUGAUACAAGAUGUUGGUGAGGAGUUAGAUCCAGUAUUGGACAAUUUAUUGGAAAAGAAUUUCAUUAAAAUCGGUCUGUCAUUAAAGGUCAAGCUCGGUGAUAAGGAAGUCGAUAUCCAUAAGGACUUUAGACUAUAUAUAACGACUAAACUGCCCAACCCUUCGUAUCCUCCAGAGGUUUUCGCUCGAACUUCAAUUAUAGAUUUUACAGUAACAAUGAAAGGAUUAGAAGAUCAACUUUUAGGUAGAGUUAUUUUAACUGAAAAAAAAGAGCUCGAAACCGAAAGAACUCGACUUAUUACUGAUGUUACGGCAAACAAAAGAAAAAUCAAAGAACUCGAAGCUAAUUUACUCCAUAAAUUAACAACUGUCCAAGGUCCUUUAAUUGAAGAUUUGGAAUUAAUGUCGGUACUAAAUAAUACUAAGCAAACUGCGGCUGAAGUAAACGAGAAGUUGACAGUUGCUAAAGAAACAGAAAUAAAAAUUAACACUACUCGAGAAGAAUUUCGACCAGUUGCGACUCGAGGCAGUGUUUUAUACUUCUUAAUAUGUGAUAUGGCUCACGUGAAUUGUAUGUAUCAAACAUCACUGGCUCAGUUUUUAGAGAGAUUUGAUAUUUCAAUGGCAAGAUCUCAAAAAAAUCCAUCGAAUCAAAAACGGAUAAACAAUAUUAUAGAAUACCUGACCUUUGAAGUAUUCAGAUAUAAAGCUCGAGGGCUUUAUGAGAUUCACAAAUUUAUGUUUGUGCUUUUAAUGACUCUUAAAAUUGACUUGGAACGCGGCGCCAUAACGCAUGAAGAAUUUCAAUAUUUUAUAAAGGGAGGAGCAGCUUUAGAUUUGAACGAUGUUCAGCCUAAACCUUUAACUUGCAAAUGGAUCACAGAUAUUGUCUGGUUGAAUCUAGCAGCUCUUUCGUCUUUGACUAAAUUUCAAAAUAUCAUGAAUCAAGUUAUCGCAUCGGAAAAAACUUGGAAAAUUUGGUUUGAUAAAGAAGCUCCUGAAGAGGAUGUUAUUCCAGAUGGUUAUAACACUCUGAAUACAUUCCUUCGUUUACUACUAAUACGAGCCUGGUGCAUGGAUCGAGCUUUAUCACAAUCUAAAAAAUAUAUAGCUAAUUCACUAGGUGAAAGGUUUGCAGAUCCUGUGAUAGUAUUCCUAGACGUGCUUUACGAGGAAUCUAGACCAAAUACGCCAAUGAUUGGCUUUUUAAGCAUGGGAUCCGAUCCCACUCCAUACAUCGAACAACUUGCUAAGAAAAUGGAAGUUUUAUGUAAAAGUAUUUCAAUGGGUCAAGGUCAAGAGAUCCAUGCAAGAAAAUUAAUAAAUAGCGCCAAAGCAGAAGGUUUUUGGGUACUUUUCCAAAAUUGUCAUUUAGGCCUUGAAUAUAUGUCAGAACUUGUCAAUUACAUAUUGGAUAUGGAAUCAUGCCAUGAUCGAUUCCGAGUGUGGAUAACAACAGAACCCCACAACCAUUUCCCUAUUUCAUUGUUACAAAUGUCCUUAAAAUUUACAUGCGAGCCUCCUCAAGGAAUCAAAGCUGGUCUUUUUUCAACAUAUAGUAGCAUGAGUCAACUAAUGCUUGAUCAAUGUGAUGCACCACAGUACAUUCCUUUAAUUUAUACAGUUUCAUUUUUGCAUACUGUAGUCCAAGAGCGUCGAAAAUUCGGCCCACUUGGUUGGAAUAUUCCUUACGAAUUCAACUCCGCUGACUGGCUGGCUUCAUGCUUAUUUAUUAAUAAUUAUUUGAGUGACUACGAUCCAAAACAAGGCAUUAGUUGGCCAACAAUUCGAUACAUGAUAGGUGAAGUUCAAUAUGGCGGCCGCGUUACUGAUGACUACGAUAAAAGAUUACUCAAUACUUUUGCGAAAGUUUGGUUUUCUGAUAUACUGUUUGAUGAAAAUUUUACUUUUUACAAAGGAUAUUCUAUUUUACGAUAUAAACAAACUACUGACUAUAUCGCUAAGAUACAAGAAAUGUCAACAUCUGAUCCACCUCAAGCAUAUGGACUACAUGCUAAUGCAGAUAUCACGUAUCAAAGUAAUACGACACAAAACAUUCUCAAUACAAUCAUAUCGGUUCAGCCUAAGGAGUCUGGAAGUGGCGGAGGAGAAUCGAGAGAAAUUGUAGUUAAUAGACAAGCAAAAGAUAUGUUAGAAAAGUUACCACCACCUUACGAUCCAUUUAAAGUCAAGGAAAGAUUGCGUGCCAUGGGACACACAGCUCCAAUGAAUAUAUUUUUAAAACAAGAAAUAGAUCGCAUCCAGGUGGUCCUUAAUCUAGUUAGAUCUACAUUGAAAAACUUAUUACUUGCUAUCGAGGGAGUAAUAAUCAUGAGUGAGCAACUUCGAGACGCAUUUGACAAUAUAUAUGAUGCGCGAAUCCCGCAAUUUUGGAAAUCAAAGUCUUGGGAAUCAACGACUCUUGGAUUCUGGUUUACAGAACUUAUAGAGCGCAAUCAACAGUUCUCCUCGUGGUUAUAUGACGGAAGACCAACGACAUUUUGGAUGACCGGAUUUUUCAAUCCACAAGGAUUUUUAACUGCAAUGAGACAAGAAGUUACUCGUAUGCACAAAGGUUGGGCUUUAGACAAUGUAGUUCUUUACAAUGAUGUCACUAAAUUUAACUCUGAUGAAGUUAAAAUUCCUCCAGUUGAAGGCGUGUAUGUGCAUGGUCUGUAUUUAGAAGGUGCGGGAUGGAAUAAAAGACAUAACCGGCUUUGUGACUCAGCUAAUAAAGUUCUUUAUGUUAUGAUGCCAGUAAUACAUAUUUAUGCAGUUUACAAUGCUCCAGAAAAAAUUAUGAAAGUUUACAACUGUCCAGUCUAUAAAAAGCCAGCUAGAACUUAUGUGCACUUCGUAACACCACUCUGGUUACCAACGGAAAAAUCUCCAGAUUAUUGGAUUUUGCGCGGUGUUGCUUUACUUUGUGAUGUCAAAUAA